CAUGUCCCCUCCUCGCUGGCCACACUCACUGCAUGAUUUUUAAAUUCACAUCACCAGCCUCCAGACGUCGUUUCCUUUUGCCUAGGAGAUGAUGGACAGCAGGAUACUGGAUCCACCUCAUGCCCAGUUCGGAGGCUCUCUCGGCGGGAUGGUGGGCUUUCCGUACCAUCUAAGCCACCAUCAUGUUUACGAAUUAGCCGGUCAUCAACUUCAAUCUGCGGCCGCAGUUCCUUUUUCAAUAGACGGAUUACUUAAUGGUUCCUGCACAGCAUCAGUGGUUAAUUCGAACCCCCUCUUGUCUGGCUGCGGUAUGAAUGGAGAUAACCAGCAGUACAAGCUGACAGGUAAGCAACACGAAAUACAACACUUAUCAAAAGGUUGGCUUUAGAUCAAAGACUAAACAAAGAACUGAAAGUGUCUGUAUAUCCUGUAUAUCCUGUAUAUAGCCUGUAUAUCCUCUCCAUAAAGCGUUAAAGAGGGAAUCCAAAUCCUAAGAAACAAAGAAGCAGUCUUCUGCUUUCAAAUUAGGCUAUAUUGCAAUUCAUUUCAAUGGAGAGCAGCAUACGAGCACAGCUCCAAACGUGAAAACCCCUUGUGUUGUUGUGACAGGGUGGGGAAAAUCACUGUUUCACUAUUGUUAGUAUAAUGUUUUACUGUGUUAUUGUUAUUAUUAUCAGGAGCAAUAUUGUUGUGAUUAAUAGUCUUAUUACUACUAUUUUCUUACCAUCGAAAACUGACAUAAUAGCCCAAUUUAUUAGACUAUAUUUGAUUAAUUUCUUUAUAAAGGACCACAAAAAGAACGUUUCCUUGCAAAAAAAUAAUUCUGGCUACUUUUGCGUCUCUCUCACACUCUCUUGUUUUGUAUUCUCAUGCUAGAUUCGUGUGACCCAGACAAGGAUAGCCCUGGUUGUAAGAGACGACGAACUCGCACCAAUUUCACUGGUUGGCAACUGGAAGAGUUAGAAAAGGCUUUUAAUGAGAGUCACUAUCCGGACGUGUUCAUGAGGGAAGCACUGGCUCUGAGAUUGGACUUGAUAGAAUCGAGGGUACAGGUAAAUUUCAACCAUAUCCACUUUUUGGCAUUCACUGUUGUUGGUUUGUUAUGAUGUGUCGCGUAAUGAUUCAUAAACACGGAUAGGCUGUACGAACAAAGGAAAGUAGGCCUAUUUAUUUCCUAUUGUAUCUCUUACACAAAUACAGUACAGUGGUCUAUUUGAGAUAUAUAACUGUCCAGUAAUUCCUGUCUCUUUGUUGUUUUGUACUGUGAUCAAAAACUCCACAGGGAGCUUGUGCAAUAUGGGCACAUGGAGGCCUAUUAUAGUAUGUGCAGGGUCCAUGAUCUACAUACAGUACUAUGCUUCAAAACCGCAAAUGAAAGCAAAUCAUUUUCACAAUUUAAAAAAGUAAAACAUUAUCAAACGUGAAUAUGUAUUUAAAUAACACAAUAUACGAUAUAGAGAGAGAGAGUCUUCGAAAUCAAGGGUAAUAUGAGCAGCAAACCGAGUAUAAAGAGGGCCUCUGGUUCAAGGAGAAAUACUUGAAAUAUGGCUAAGCCAUGGAAGGGUCAGUUAAUUUGCUGUACUUAAUAUUGAAUUUAAACUGUGUAGAUUCAGUCGACAAGGCUAUAUCAUUUUCACUCAAACAUACUCAAAAUGAAGAUAUCUGCAUACAUCCACGUAUGCACAAUCAGUCUUUUCAUUUUCCUCUAUAAACCGAUAGAACACCCAAGUAUGCAUGGCCUAUACGUUAAUAUUUCUGAACUUGAAUAUUGAUGGGUUCUCAAGUCGUACAUUUUUAUAAAGGACACACCUUUUCCCCCAUCUCUCCUCAUCAGUCAAAUGUAUUGUUCAUUAUUGUGAUCAUUUGCACUUCUGAUGUCAAAAUAUCAUAUGUCUAUUUUGUUAUGCACAGAGAAAUAUCCAUUAUUGUUAGAUCCAAUCUUAUAAGCCUAUUGUCUAGUCCAGGGUUUCUCAAACUCGGUCCUCGGGACCGCAAGGGGUGCACAUUUAGUUUUUUGGCCUAGCACUACACAGCUGAAUCAAAUAAUCAACUAAUCAUCAAGCUUUGAUAAUUUAAAUCAGCUGUGUAGUGUUAGGGCAAAAACCAAAACGUGCACUCCUUGGGGUCCAGAGGACCGAGUUUGGGAAACGCUGGUCUAGUCCUAUAUUUGGCAUGUCACUUUAGCUAUUUUUAGGCAGUUAGUGUUGGGGCAAAUGUGAGUAUUUGUAAAUAUAUUAAACCAUUUAUUAUUAUGCAUUUGAUUGGGACACAUGGGCCCAUCAUAAGUGAGAUAUAUGUUUUCAUGAGGCAUUUUCCAGAUCAGACAGACAGCAUUUUUUUUUUUAAUAACGAAGAAGGCAUAAGCACACAGAAUAAUUGUAGGCCUACUCGAAUUGGAAAAUAAAUAUGCUUAUUUUUGUCAUCGGAUAAUAAAUACUUGUAGGCCUACAAGCAAGAGGCAUUGUUCUUUGGUUUUGUGUAAUUUGGAACCAUCUAGAAAACAUAUUUUUCCAAAGGUUCACACAAAUAUUAGCCUAAGUUAUUAUUUGGCCUAUGUAUUUUUUUAAGAAAGUGGACGUCUUCUUUUUGAACAUGCGUGACAUUAUUUUUUCUCUAAUAUGCAGGUAUGGUUCCAAAAUCGUAGAGCUAAGUGGAGGAAAAAAGAAAAUACAAAGAAGGGUCCAGGUCGACCAGCUCACAACUCCCACCCAACAACAUGCAGUGGAGAGCCCAUGGACGCGGAGGAGAUCGCCAGGCGAGAACUGGAGAGGAUGGAGAAGAAGAAGAGGAAGCAGGAGCGAAGACUGUUGAGGUCCCAGAAUAAACUAUUGUCAGGGGACCUAUUUCACACCCCAGGAUCUGACAGUGACAGCGGAGUGUCACAAGUGACGGACAGUGAGCAAAAUCCACAUUGUGACUCUGUAGGCCGAAACCAAUCCCAAUCGAGCUGUGACCAAACACCACAAACCCUCCAGAACCAAAGACACUUGAACCAAGAUGCUGGUGGAUCCGAGCUGGACUCGUCCGACAGCAGUCAACAGUCAAGCAUGUGCGCCAACAGCAGAGCCUCCACCCUUCAGAAACUGAACCCCUUCAGCGUAGAGAGCCUUCUAUCCGACUCCAGACCAAGGCGCAAACCGAACAUAGAUGGAUUUUCUGCCUUACCCUCCUCGCGGCCUUUGAUAGGGAAAGGACAUUUCUUACUCUAUCCUAUCACCCAGCCGCUUGGAUUCAUUGUUCCUCAGACUGCUUUGAAGACAACACCACCAGACGCAGAUUCUGACAACUCCACACAAAGAACCCCAGUGAAUGACAGCAUCUUCUCUGCCAACACUGGACAUAAAAACUAUAAGGAGUCCAAUAAUCUCAAUGACCCGACAGCAAUCAAAGUGCAGGUCAACUUUACCGCGAAAAAUACUAGUUCCCCACAGAACAGCCCAGGCCAUGUUACCUUUUCCAGUAGCAACUUUAGUCAGCCUUCAGCCAGUUGUAGUGCAACAUAUUUCCAAGAUGAUGAUGAUUCAAAGUAUCUGCCAUUAGACAAAAAAGAGCAGUCUGUAAAAGACUACCCAGAGAGUUCCGAGUCUGUGACAACCAACUGUCCACCAGAGACAAAGACAGAGCCUCAAGAUGUCGAUAUGGAAUAAUAGACCUAUAGGUGAGAAAAAAUAUUGAUAGCGUCAACAACACCUUUCGUUUGCCCAAAGCUCAAUCACGUCUUAGAAUAUAAACUCUCAUUUUACAGAUGACAUAUAUAGCCUAUAUUCUGAUGAUGAUGGGUUAUAACUGUGUGUGUGUGUGUGUG